GUGCUUCCUGGAAUGCUGACAUCAUAUCCAACUACAAGGAUGCUUUGACGAAGCUCAAAGAGUAUUGGCCUGGGAUUGAGAAUGAGGGUCCUUCGAAGAUUGGUGAUGGAGGGGCCCAGGCUCCCUUCGAUGGCAAAGCUGCCAAAGCCGCACUUGGCUCUUUCAUGGAAGAGUAUGCCUGCGCGAACAACUUCUUCAAUUGCGACCUUGAAUUCAAUGUUGAUCCCAAUGUGCCCAUCCGAUCCAGUAUGGUGGAGGAGAUAAAAUCCUAUCACUAUGAGAAUGCGGCACUCUUCGCCGAGCCUUUCGAAGUGUCUGUGACAUCUACAUGGUUGAACAACAUGGCGAAGCUUGAACUCGUGAAGCCGAUCGUUCCCUUGGAACACCGCAUCGCCUUCGUGCUGCGGCUUGGCCAAAACCAUGGUCCUUAG